AUGUACAAAUCCGUCAACCUGCCAACAAUACUGCAUGGAGCGGAGGCUUGGACGGUGUACGCAAAGCAAGCACGUCGUCUGAAACACUUCAACCUCAGUUGUCUUCGUCGCAUCCUGAGGCUGAACUGGCAGGAUCGAAUCCCCGACACUGAUGUGCUGGAACGGACGGGAAUCCUCAGCAUCUACGCCACACUGAGGCAAAUUCUGCUGAGCUGGAGCGGCCACCUGGUGCGCAUGGACGACGAGCGACUACCCAAACGACUCUUUUACGGAGACGUCGCUACGGGUUCUCGCCGUCAAGGAGGCCAGAUUCGCCGUUACAAGGGUACCCUGAAGUCCUCCCUGAAACGCCUGCAAAUCAACCCCACCAACUGGGAGGAGCUCGCACUCGAUCGACUGACCUGGAGGGGGACAGUGAAGACAGGCGCUGCGAUCUACGAAGCCAACCGCAUCGCUACCGCCAAAGCGAAACGUGAAGCCCGCAAAUCGCAACUUCGCCCAGUACGCAACGCCGCCGCGCAACCGCUUCCAGCGUGUCCUCAAUGUCAACGGACAUUCCGGGCUCGAAUCGGGCUUGUUGGACAUCUUCGGACCAACUGCGCCUCUCGAACUGCACCAAACAUCGUCCCCCCGCCCGCCUCUUCCUCCUCCUCUCCACCGCCAACUAACUCUGGCAGUUCUUCUGACCCACCACUUCCAUCAUCAUCAUCCUCCUCCUUCUCCUCCUCCUCCUCGCCCACUGCUCCAACGACGGCCACUCAGGCGACUGUCCCGCGCCCAACAACGGACACUAAUACCACCUCCCCCGACUCCAGCGUUGAGGAUCAGGACUACACCUGCCCUCACUGCGACCGUACCUUCACCUCACACAUCGGCCUGGUCGGUCACUUACGAAUCCAUCGCACGGAGACUGGCGAACCAGUGCGUGAAGCACCAACCUACACCCACCGCACUCGCCUUCACUGCCCACACUGCCCUCGCACCUUCAGGCAUCGCAUGGGCCUAUUCGGCCACAUGCGCAUCCACGACGACCUGCGGUAG